AAAUCAUUUUGUUGUUUUCCUUCCAUACUUAUUGACACAAAGCGUACGUAAGGCAACUAAAGCAUUCGCGGUUUCUUCAAAUCGACAUCAGUGAUAAUGUGAUCAAGGUAAAUCUUCCUAGUUCGAUGGAAAUCGAAAUAGCUUCGAAAACAAAAGCGACGUCUCGAAGGAGAUUAAUUGAAGCCAUAGUCGAUGGUAGACUUUAUCUGACCAAGAUCAUUCUUAAAGACCUCGCUGAUUUGAACUUUUUCGACAGUCAACAUCGAAGUCCGCUGAUGCUUGCCUUCAUGAUCGAUGACGAAAAACAUCGAACAAGAGCGGCGAUGAUCAACAGGUUAUUGCGACACGGUGCCGACGUGAACUUGAUGGAUAACAAUGGUCAGCAUGUUCUACAUUGGGCAUGCAAAAUGAAUAAAUUGAACUUGGUGCGACUGCUCAUGGAGAAAUGCGUCAUGGACAUCGAUCUGUCAUCGCAGGAUAACGAAGGCAACACACCACUGAUGUACGCAGUUCUUAACAGCAAUACAAAAAUGGUGAAAAUUAUCGUCGACGCCAUGACGAAAUUCCGUUUGACGGUAGAUCAAAGAAAUAAGGAAGACAAAACGGCUUAUUACAAAUCAGUGGAACUUGGCUACGAUGAGUGCACGGGUAUUCUGUCGCGGGUUGGUAAUGCAUCUCAAGGCAUACAGGUCAAUCCAUUUCACAAUUUUGAUAAAAAGAACUUUCGCGGUCGCCCAUCCUCAGCACCGGAAUUCAAAAGAUAUGGCUACCAAAAAUCCGCGCAAAUUCACUGCCGCCAAUCAACCGAUCACCGUUCGAGACAAAAAACAGCAACUGUACGGUGCACCCUUCAAAAAACGCUUCAUCAAAAAGGAACAAAAGAACUUAAGAGAUGUAGCCCUGAAAAAAUGGCUUAUCCAAAUAAAACAAUUAUGAAUAAAGCGACAACAGAACUUAGGAGAUGUAGCCCUGAAAAAAUGGCUCAUCCAGACAAAACUAUUAUGAAUAAAGCAACAAUAGAAUUUAGGAGAUGUAGCCCUGAAAAAAUGGCUCAUUCAAGCAAAACAAUUAUGAAUAAAGCGACAACAGAACUUAGGAGAUGUAGCCCUGAAAAAAUGGCUCAUUCAAGCAAAAUAAUUAUGAGUAAAGCGACAACAGAACUUAGGAGAUGUAGCCCUGAAAAAAUGGCUCAUCCAGAUAAAACAAUUAUGAAUAAAGCGACAACAGAACGUAGGAGAUGUAGACCUGAAAAAAUGGCUCAUCCAGACAAAACAAUUAUGAAUAAAGCGACAACAGAAUUUAGGAGAUCAAACACGAAAAAUGAUCGAGCAACCCAUUCACCAUCGGAGCCAUUGCAGAAAACCACUUUGAAAAAUCCUCAAUCUUUCGAACAACAACAGUGUUUUCUAGGACUUUUACUGAAUGAUUCGGAGAGAGACGAUUCAAGCAUGUCGGGUCCUUCAAGUAGCCAUGACGAUCUAGCAAAACUGGCCGUUAUCAAUUGCAAAAGAGCCGAGCUAUCAAACGCAUCUGUCGACAAGAACAACGAAUAUUGCAACUUCGGUUUUUCCCACUACAUCUCAUUUUUGGAAUGGAAGAAUGGAGUGGAGAAACACGAGUCGUCUUUACGACGAUUUCUCGCUCUAAGAGGCGAGCAAGACUCGCCGACGUCGUCUUUCAGAAAAGGUUUUCCCCUUCAAAGGUGGCAACAAGCCCAAGAUCUCGAAAUUAUUGGCGAUACGUCCUCGACAUCCGGUGAGAGCAAAGCAAGUACGGGUAAAAAAUUUUCGACCAUCGCAAAAACUAUCGGAAUAUCCUUAUAUCUCAAUAACAAAAGGAAAGCGACCAAUAAAUGACGAUGAAUAAAUAGAUUAUGUCGCGUGUCUACAUGAAGUAACGUUCGUGCAAUCUAUAUAUGAUCGACAAUGACUUUUUUGCCCGAACGGAGUCUUCAAUCGUGCAUGCAUGAGAAACGUGGAAACUUAUCUGCGUUCAUAAAGUCUUGGAGUAAGUAGAUCCAUCUGGUUUGCCGAAUAUUACAACAUUCGCCAUGUUUAUGAACAAACCGUUCUCGACAACGCCUAAAAAAUAUACCAUUCAUUUGAUAUACAAAGAGUAAUUAUAAUGACCGACUAAAGCUACCAUGGAGACGUCGCAUUGUCUAAUGAGUGGCUGUAAAAUUUUAAACAUCUUUGUUCCUGGCAAGUUGCGGAUGAAAUGUUUGGAAAAGAUUUUUUGUACAAUGGAUGAACAAAAAAAAGUAGCGCGCCACUCUCAAAAACAUCGUUACUUACAGACAGAUUGAUAGAUUACUUGAUGGUGAAGAAACUGUUUUAUUUUAUAGCUUGGUCUAAGCAUACUCUUUAGAAAAAAUAAAACGUGUUUAAUUGGGCGUGUUUCAA